CGAACCCCUAUUAAUAAAAUUAUUCUUAAUUAUUAUAAAUAGAUUAUGAAAAUAUUUUUAAUAAUUUUAAUUUUUUGCAUUUUGUUAGUGAAAAGUGUAAUGCACAUUUUAUGAGAUUAAAGAACAAUUAAAAAAAUAAUAAUUAAAAAAUAAAAAAAUAUUAAAGUGAUAUAAAAAAAUGGCUCACGUAAUAAAACUAUUGUACAAUGGUUACAUGCACUAUUUCAACGAGUACAAAGACCCACGUGUCGAGGAAUAUCCACUGCUCGGUUCGCCAUUGCCUGUUGCUGCCAUUAUUGUCGGUUAUUUGUACUUUGUGAAGAGUUUGGGUCCCAAAUUAAUGACAAACCGCAAACCGUUCGAGCUGAACAACGUCAUGAUGAUCUAUAAUUUCGUUCAGGUCAUAGCAAAUACGUAUCUCGGUUGUUUGGCUUAUUAUCAUGCAUUUCAUCGGGUACACUAUAAUUUGGCUUGUCAACCUGUGAAAUAUGAUGACUCUGAGGAAGCCCAAUUGGAAAUUCUUUACACUUAUUGGUAUUUUCUGCUAAAGUUGAGUGACCUGUUAGACACUAUCUUUUUCGUUCUGCGAAAAAAGGACAAAAACAUCAGCUUUUUACACGUUUAUCAUCAUGCUGGAAUGGUUUUCGGCUCGUACAUUUGUGGGAAAUUUCUACCAGGAGGUCAUGCCGCGCUUCUAGGCAUCAUAAAUUGCUUUGUCCAUGUCAUCAUGUACUUCUACUACUUCCUAACGUCCUUCAAGCCUGAGCUGAAAAAAUCGAUUUGGUGGAAAAAACACAUCACACAGAUCCAAUUGAUUCAAUUUGCCAUAUUAAUUUUUCAUUUUUCCCGCCCGAUUCUCAAUCCAGAUUGUGAAUACCCGAAAUUCUGGUUGAUUUGCGGCGCAAUUCAGAAUUUAUUCAUGUUCAUACUGUUCGGUGACUUUUACAUCAAGGCAUAUCUGAAAAAGCCUAAAGCCGUGCAAAAGCCAGAUAAAAAGUUAUCUGAUGAUUAAAAGUAAAUAACAUAUUUGUAG